GAGAGGUAGGAAAACUCCGAUUAAAGAUAAACAGAAGGAAAGAGGUGGGGGCGGGGGGGUGUCUAGGAUUUAGCCCCUGUGUGCUUUGGCCCCUUCUGAACAGAGUCAAAAGGUCCUCGAAAACCCUCCCCCCUCCCUUUCCCCCAAUUCAUCCGCCUCCAAGGCCUGGGACACAUAGGAACUCCGCCUUGCCUGCGGCGCAGGCGGGGAUACCAUCCCGCGCUGGUCCCCGCGCCGCCCUUCCUUUCCUCGCUUUCCUACCUUUCUUGCCGCUGGCAUUAAUUCCCCUUUAAUAUUUUCCUUUCUCUACACUCUUCCCUUCUUUUCUUUCUCCCGGCUUCUCCACUUUCUCCCUUGCGUGCAGCGAGCCUCCUUCCUUCCCAGCCCUCCGCCCAGCGUCUGCGCUCCCUUCCCUCUGGCCCCUUGAGUGCCAAGCCCCAGUCCUCUGCUUUGCGGUGGGCCGACCACCUUUCUCCGCGGUCCUGGAACGUGCCCCUCCGCCUUGCCUGCUCCCUUCGCUCGUUCCGGGCAGUGGAUCCUGACUAAUGACCGGUCCCUGCUGUGUGUGGGGUGUUGUGUUUUUUUCUUGUCUCUCCCCAGCAGGGCACGGGGGUGUGAACCAGCUCGGGGGGGUGUUUGUGAACGGCCGGCCCCUACCCGACGUGGUGAGGCAGCGCAUCGUGGAGCUCGCCCACCAGGGUGUGCGGCCCUGCGACAUCUCCCGGCAGCUGCGGGUCAGCCACGGCUGUGUCAGCAAAAUCCUGGGCAGGUACUACGAGACCGGCAGCAUCAAGCCCGGCGUGAUCGGCGGCUCCAAGCCUAAAGUGGCAACGCCCAAAGUGGUGGACAAGAUUGCUGAAUACAAGCGACAGAACCCGACUAUGUUUGCCUGGGAGAUCCGCGACCGGCUCUUGGCCGAGGGCAUCUGCGACAACGACACGGUGCCCAGCGUCUCUUCCAUCAACAGGAUCAUCCGGACCAAAGUCCAGCAGCCUUUCCACCCAACGCCGGACGGGGCUGGGACGGGAGUGACUGCCCCUGGCCACACCAUCGUUCCCAGCACGGCCUCCCCUCCUGUUUCCAGCGCCUCCAAUGAUCCAGUGGGAUCCUACUCCAUCAAUGGGAUCCUGGGGAUUCCUCGCUCCAAUGGUGAGAAGAGGAAACGUGAUGAAGUCGAGGUAUACACUGAUCCUGCCCACAUUAGAGGAGGUGGAGGUUUGCAUCUGGUCUGGACUUUAAGAGAUGUGUCUGAGGGCUCAGUCCCCAAUGGAGACUCCCAGAGUGGCGUGGACAGUUUGCGGAAGCACUUGCGAGCCGACACCUUCACCCAGCAGCAGCUAGAAGCUUUGGAUCGGGUCUUUGAGCGUCCUUCCUAUCCGGACGUCUUCCAGGCAUCAGAGCACAUCAAAUCAGAACAGGGGAACGAGUACUCCCUCCCAGCCCUGACCCCUGGGCUUGAUGAAGUCAAGUCGAGUCUAUCUGCAUCCACCAACCCUGAGCUGGGCAGCAAUGUGUCAGGCACCCAGACAUACCCCGUUGUGACUGGUCGUGACAUGGCGAGCACCACUCUGCCUGGUUACCCCCCUCAUGUGCCCCCCACUGGCCAGGGAAGCUACCCCACCUCCACCCUGGCAGGAAUGGUGCCUGGGAGCGAGUUCUCUGGCAACCCGUACAGCCACCCCCAGUACACGGCCUACAACGAGGCUUGGAGAUUCAGCAACCCCGCCUUACUAAGUUCCCCUUAUUAUUAUAGUGCCGCCCCCCGGGGCUCCGCCCCUGCCGCUGCUGCCGCUGCCUAUGACCGCCACUAGUUACCGCGGGGACCACAUCAAGCUUCAGGCCGACAGCUUCGGCCUCCACAUCGUCCCCGUCUGACCGCCCACCCCGGAGGGAGGGAGGACCGACGCGACGCGAUGCCUCCCGGCCGCCGCCCCAGCCCCACCCCCAUCCCAGGACCCCGCAGCCCUCACGUCACCCCGUCGAUAGCCGGACUGGAUGACCGGACGGGCGGAGCCGCAGGCGGGACCCUCAGGCCCGGGCCCGCCGGUCCCACCCCCGCCCGCCUCCCCUUCCCGCCUUCCUGGACUGCGCGGCGCUGCGAGGAGGGCGCCCGCCUCGCCCGAGUCGGCCCGGGACCGGGCCCGCCGGCGAGCGCACGCAACAUGUUUCUGUGACACACAAUCAGCGCGGCCUCCAGCGCGGCCCAGCCCCGGCGCAGCCCGCCUCGGACGCUCGGGCGCCGGGAGGCUUUGCUGCAGCCGCUGGGCAAAGGAAAUUAAGGACCAAACGAUUUUCUGCAGAAGGAAGAAGAGCCCCCUUCCGAACCCUCGGGGAAAAAAGUCCUUUCCCCGUGAGCCGGCCGGACUGUCGCUGCUUCCUGGGCGUGCCCUGCCGUGGAAGGUGGAAUGAGGGUCUAGGGAUCCGGCUCUAGGGAAGGGGUUUGGGGACGUCAGGUCUUUCGAAGCUUGGGUCCCAAGGCACGCAGGCCCAGUAGCCCGCACAGACCAAGUCCGACUCUUGGCUCUUCCCACUCUGCCUGGACUGCCUCCCCUGGGCUCGGGUACCUCCUACGACGUGAUCCGACUCUCAGCCCCGCCUUGCCCCUACCUUAGCCUCUCUUUCAUCUGCUGGCCUCCUGACUUCCCUUCCGGCUCGUGCUUUUCCCAUCCCUCUACCCUCUGCAUCCCUCCUUCCUAACCCGCCGCCCCAUUGGAGGCUGUCCCGGCCGGUCGCGGGCCCUGUCUAUAGGCCGUGAGCCCCGGUCUAUCCGAGCCGUUACUUGAUGCCCGCUCCAGCCCCCACCCCCCAAAUCUCAAUCUGCCGGUGAUAGGAGCCAGUUCCUAGCCGGCUUCUGAGCUGCCGCGGGGUGGAAGUGGGGGGCUGCCCGCCCCCACUACCAGCCUCCUGCUCCAGCAGGAACUGAACAGAACCGCAAAAAGUCUACGUUUAUUUAAUAUGAUGGUCUUUGCAAAAAGAAAAAAAAAAAGCGAAAACAAACGAAAAUCCAACCGGCUGCUGCUUUGUAGAAAGACGGUGUGUGUCGUGU